AUGCGUGAGAAAAGGAGUGGUUGCGGUAUAUUGAAGGUCACUGCUUUUGCGGCAUUUCCGGUGAGAGAUUAUAUGAAAACAUAUAAAUAUCAAUAUGAUUAUCAACAAAAAUUUGCAUUAAUUCCAGUUACACUACGGCCGUCGAUGGCAUUUGAACUACAGUUAGCAGUCGUUCCACCAUCAACAGCACCCGUUCAACUACACCAUGGAUCAAACACGCCAUCCAUGUAUGAUGAUUUAAAUAUAGUCCACAGACAUCUGGAUCUGUUAGACCAGAGGGAAGCGAUGCGAGCUUACCAGUCUGUUUCUAAUCGAUCUAUGUGGAAAUCAGAGCUUGGUAAGUAGUUCUGCGACAGAAAAGAUAUAUACCAAACCAUCUGGAAAGAACAGCCAAAAAAGUUGAAAUUCCGUAACGGUCACUUUUAUUUGAUUUUAUCUGACAGCGAUAAUUUGGUAAUUCCUGGAUCUGAUUAUUAAACAUCAUAUCAAUCUCGAUAUCGUAAAUUAGAGACACACCGACGUAAAAAUCAGAUGCGUGGAGCUUGCAGCUAUAAUUCUAGCUCGAUGUCCGACGUAACUUAAAUGAAUGUCACGCGAUAAUGUGCUUCUUAGCUUCUUAUUUUUCCGUUCCAGGAGAUAGUUUUGUAAUAUAGUUCAAGUUUUAAACCUCAUAUACUUUUAUUUUUAAACUCUUUAUUUUCAGUUCUAAAUAUCUCACAAAAUAGUUAUUUUACAGCAAACGGUAGUCUUUACGGUAGCAAACAGAAAAUCCAAUAUAUUUUACUUUAAAAUUUACAACAAAAAAAAUGGAUGCCAAUAAAAGGUUUAAGAGAAAAAUUCAAACACAACAAAAACUACAAUGCCAGAAAUAUAAUCCAAAUUAUAUAGUUCUUGAAUUAGCAGACGAGCUAAACUACAGUAUCAUUGUUGCUUCUUUUUGUCAACGAAACAAAUAUAUAUAGUAAAACAAUUUUUUAUCGGCUAAAACGAAAAAUACUGUAAAACGCUUUUGCUCGAAAAAUGACUGGCUUUGUGGAUGUCUAGUUAGCAAAGAAACAUCACAUUAAUCGCCGGAAAAAUAUGCUUAUGGUCUUGACUAUGUUUUUACAUACUUUGUAAACAAUGCUUGGUGCCAUGACUGGUAUGACUAGUUUUCUAAACUUUUAAAACAAUAGACCAUUUACGUUUAUUGAGAUUGAUGGUUUAAGGGUACUCUUCUUUGAUCCUUGUGGAAAUCGGAGAAGUCGAUGUCGGAUCGGUGUGAAAUUUAUACUAGACACAGAACAUCGAAAAAAUCGAUGUAUUUUUGCCCAGAAUUUUCUGACAUGUUCUUCUAUGGGUUUUCUGGAAAACUCUAGUUUCAUUGGCACACAUUACAACCCCAAAAAAUGGUCCGAUCGGGCUCAAAAUUUUACCACAGAUGCUUUAGACCCUAUCUCAGGAUGUCAAUUUUUCUUUUCAAAAAACAAGCUUUUCUUCUUGAGAUAUAUAUUCGAAAAAUACUAAAAGUCUUGUAUAAAAAACCGGUUUUUAUUUUGAAAACCUUCUCGCGGCUAAAGUUGAAAUCAAAAACGCUUGAAAAAAUUUGCAUGCUAAGAUAGUGUCUGAAGUAUCUGUGGUAAACGUUUGAGCUCGAUCGAGGGGUCGUAAUUUGACCCGAUUGAAGGAACUAUAGAAAAAACCCAUAGUGAGAAAAACACAUAUUGUACACAGGGCUCUGUUUUUCAGGGUAUUUGCGGCUAUGUUUAUAUCUCCAAGAAAACUUAUCGGAAAAUUCUGGAAGACGUUUCAUUCUGAAAAACAUACUUCUUUGUAUCAUGCUAUUUCUAAUAAAAUCUUUUGAAUGUGUAGAAAAUGAGAGAAAAAUUUUAUAAAUCUAAAAAAUCCAGAUUUUCUAGGCUUCGAAGGAAAAAACUAAAAGCUUCACAUCAUUUUUUCAAGAAAGGUCUUGGAGAGCUGAAAGUGGUCUUAUUUUACAGCCCAGACUUUCCUCUACAUUAGAGUAUGUUCAGCUCAAAAGGGAAACCUUUCUGCAAAAAAGAGGGGGGGCUACCCCUAACUUGACCAGGAGAGAUUCUGUCUCCUCGACAAUAUGUUUUAACGUCUUUGAAUACGCAUCUGGUUCACGAUAAACAUGUAUGACCUUACAACAUUCAAAGUUUGAAUGAAUGACAAUACUGGAUUUAUGUUUCAAUAUUCCCGUCAGGAUUCACCGAACGAUGCUUCUGCGAACUUGUCAUGUUUUAUCGGCUUCUUUUUAGUAACUGUAAUGGCAACAAGCUGUAUCUCGGUAUGUAUCUUUUCUCGUUCGCGAGAAAGAAUAAACAAGGAGAAAAGUUUUUGUAGUCAGUUAUUUGAAGAAAUUAGUGUAACUGCGAAGAUACUUCAACAGCUCGUGUACUAUUUUUGUGACUUGAAUCUCGUUCCAACACUUCUUUUAAUACGACCUCACCUUGAAGGAAUAUAACCAGUUUCACACUACCUCCCGCCGUAAUAGAAG